GGAAGGAAGGAACUUUGGAUCUGAUUGGUAGGGAGACAAAAAUUGAUGAUGUUUUUAUUAGCAAAUAGAAAAACCAAACCAAAACAUUCUAAGGAAGGAUACGGUUUUUGAAUUGUCUCCCCUUUCAAUCUCUUCUCUCCUCCGGCAGCCUCCUCUACCCCUCUCUCUCUCUCUUCCCUCAGAGACUGUCGGGAUCUCUGUUGUUAUUAUUAUUAUUAUUAUUAUUAUUUUUAUUUAUAUAUAUUGAUCCAAAAGAACAGAAGAUAUCCAGAUCCCAUUAUUUUUUACAAAUAAUAAUACUUUGUUGAUCGAAUUAAUGGGUGCGUACAGAGCCGAUGAUGAUUAUGAUUACCUGUUCAAGGUGGUGCUGAUCGGCGACUCCGGCGUCGGAAAAUCAAAUCUGUUGUCGCGUUUCACCAGAAAUGAAUUCAGCCUUGAGACCAAAUCAACCAUCGGCGUUGAAUUCGCCACUCGUAGCAUUCGUGUCGAUGAUAAGAUCGUUAAGGCUCAGAUUUGGGACACCGCCGGCCAAGAAAGGUACCGAGCGAUCACGAGCGCAUACUAUAGGGGAGCGGUAGGGGCAUUAAUAGUGUACGACGUGACACGACACGUGACAUUCGAGAACGUGGAGAGAUGGUUGAAGGAGCUAAGAGGUCACACAGAUCACAACAUAGUGAUAAUGCUGGUAGGAAACAAGGCUGAUUUACGCCAUCUAAGGGCAGUAUCAACGGAAGAUGCACAAGCAUUUGCGGAGAGAGAGAGAACAUAUUUCAUGGAAACUUCAGCACUAGAGUCAUUCAACGUCGAGAAUUCUUUCACAGAAGUUCUCACACAAACCUACCGAGUUGUAAGCAGGAAAAUUCUCGACAUUGGAGAUGACCCGACUGUUCUUCCCAAAGGACAAACCAUUGAUAUUGGCUCUAAAGAUGAUGUCUCUGCAGUUAAGAAAGCUGGUUGCUGUUCUUCAUAACUAACCAAAACGUAUCUCCCUACACAAUUUUCUUAACUGGAAAACUACUUGGAAUAUAUUCUCUGAUCUCAAAAAUGGGUCUUUUUUGUUUUUGUUUUUGUUUUUUUUCUCCUUAAAAAAGUUCUUUUUUUUUUCCUGAUCUGGUCCUGUAUUGUGUUGUGGUUUUCUUUUUUGUUGGGGAAAGAAUUGUUGGUGUUCCUUGGAGAGUGGGAUGUCCAUGCAAAAUUUCUAGUGCUCUUUUUAGGGUAGGUUGUACCUAUGAAUUUGAUCGAUUAUGCUUAGAAAGAAGAAGAAUUAUUGGGAGGGAAAUAUAUGGAGAAGAAAUGUACCAAAUACUUAUGAUUUUCUUGAUAAUCCUUUGUGUAUUUUGAUUAUAUUAUUUAUUCAACGAUAAGCUAAGCUUGUCUCAUCA